CGUUCCAUCGUACUCCCCUCAACUUUGGAGUUACGCCAUUAGACAUGCCUGCAAUGUCCCCCACAAUGGAAGAAGGAGGCAUUGUUUCCUGGAAAGUGAAGGAAGGCGAUAAGUUUGAUGCAGGCGACGUUUUACUGGAGGUGGAAACCGAUAAGGCCAAUAUUGCUGUUGAGGCCCAGGACGAUGGUGUCAUGGCCAAGAUACUCAAACAGGAGGGAGAAAAGGAAAUUAAGGUGGGGACUCCAAUUGCGUUUUUAGCAGAAGUUGGUGAUAACUUGGCUGAACUCGAGUUCCCAGAAGUGGAAGAAAAGAAGCAGGAACCAAAGAAGGCGGCAGCAAAGACGCCCCAACCAGCACAGCCGUCCCCACCAGUUGAGCCUUCUCAAGGGAAAAAAGCUAGCACUUCUCCUGUUUCCUCUGGUAGUGCAGAUCCUAACCAGGUGUUUUUACCAUCGGUGGAGCUUCUGCUGGAAGCGAACGGAAUAUCUAGAGACGAAGCACUGUCGAAAAUUUCAGCCACAGGGCCCAAGGGGCGGAUAUUGAGAGGCGACGUGAUGGCAUAUUUGGGCCAAAUCGAUUCUUCUAACAACUCAAAGAUUGCGGCCUACUUGGAUUCGAAGUCGCAUCUUGAUCUUUCAAACAUCGAGCUUCGUCCUGCUGCGUCCGCAGAAAAAGCUCCUGCGAAGAUAGAGAAGCCAAAGAAGGAGCCAGUCAAAAUCACUCAUCAAUACAUCUUACCAGACAAUAUUGCGAAAGAGGACAUUCUCAAAUGGGUGUUGAAAGCUGAGCAAAAGGCUUACGGCAACCCUCUUUAUGCGCCAUCUGACCUGAUCGAUCCGCUUUUUGAGGAAAUCAUUGCACCACCAAGGAAUGCUGAACGUUUCAAAAUUAACACUAGCUUUCAAACUUCUGUGGCUGAGCCGGAAGAUGACUUUGAUUACGAGCCCUACCAGGAGACCAAACAGCCAAAGAUCUUGGAUGUGGAACUAGUGUGCACAGACUUGGUUGACGCUAAAGCCCGUGCAGAGAUGUUUGUGGAUAUUCUCGGGAAAUAUAUUUCGCGAGCAGAGCUUAAAAAUUAAUUAGACUCAAUAUAUAAUGUCAAAUGAAUUAUUAUUCGG